UGGAUUUUGUUUACCUCUGUUAUGUUUUUUAUGUUUUAUAUUCUAGUUAUAAUGAAGUAUAUGUUGGAUAUACAUUGCGCGAUUAUUCAAAAUAGUGAUAUUUCUAACUACAAGGAAAUUAACACUAAAAAACCAUUUGCAUCGUCAAAUAGACAAAACGAACCAUACCACACCAUCGGAACUGCGAGACAUCAAACAUAUUUUUAUAAUUCAAAAAGAAGCAACAACACUUAUAAUUUAAAAUCUAACAUCUUUGACAAAAUGUUAUCAGACGAGAUGUUAAUUAUACAACAGAAUUUGCAUAGAAAAGACGUAAACCAGAUCCCUUCUGUACAUAUUUCUACAGGCAAUAAUGCUCCGACACCAACUCUUGAAGUUAAACAAAAAUGGUCGGUUAUAAACUUUCUAUCAAAUGCUAUAACAAUUAAUGAAUCACAUCAUUUUAUAGAAGGUAAAAAACAAAACACAACUAGUAAUAAAAUCAAUACAAUGAAUAAAAAUCAAUUUGUUGAUAAUUUUAAUGAAACAUGCAACAAUUCAAAAGAUAAAAUCGUUGAACUUCGUAGUCUAAAUGAUAUCACACCCGAUAUAAUAACCUCAGAUGAUCUAGAGAAUGGAAGAAAAUGCACAUGUAUGAAUACAAACACAUACACAAGAUGCAGUCAUCGAUGUACACCAAACAACAUUCAAGUUUUAAACUCAGAAGAACAUUCACAAUCUCUCAGUAACACCGACCAUCUCUGCUCUAGAACUACACCUAGUAUUCAAGAUACUCAACCAAAUAUACCAUUUUAUAUAACAACUGAAAUGUAUAACUAUUAUACUAUAACGCCAUACCCCGUAUAUUAUCCAUGGUUAAUUGACAUAACAAAGAAAAAAUCUAAACAUAGAAAGCAUAAAAAACCACUUGAACAUCUUGAUGGUAACUAUUAUGAAAGCAGCGAAGAGAAUAAUAGUCAAGAGAGUAAUGGUUAUGAUGAUGAUAGUAUUGAAAAAAAUAAAUACGAUUUAAAUACAGAUAAGGAAGAAGAAAAAGCUAAGCCAUCUAAGGGAAAUGUAAUUAUAAAUGUUGAAUAUGAGGACAAGGAAACGCUACACGGUGAGAAAAGCGAUAGUAUAAUAGACGAUAUUUUAGAACAAGGAGCAAUACAAGUUUCUAAUAAAGAUAAAUUCACUAAUCAAAUUGUUAGUGAUCUAGAAAAGUAUUACAAUGAAGUUUUGAUUAAGGACUGUUACUGUUCUUCAGCAACUGAAAUUAUAAUAAGUAUUCGGAGUUUCGUAUGUACGUUUUUGUUAUUGACAAAAAUAUUAUAAUCAUUAGUUUUAGAGAAC